GACUUCUCCAACUCUCACCCCAAUCCACUCCCUCAACACCAUCAUCAUGCCGAGUGCCCUCAUCACAGGCGCAACAGGCCUGCUGGGCCGACAGGUCUUCAAAGCCUUCAGCGACGCAGGCUGGCAAACCACAGGCGUAGGCUUCAGCCGUGCCUCCUCCCCAAUCCGCAAAGUCGACAUCACGCACGCCGACGCCGUAUCCGCACUCUUCGACGAAAUCAAACCCGACGUUGUCGUGCACUGCGCCGCGGACCGCCAGCCGGACUCCUGCACGAAGAACCCCUCGGCUGCCCGCGCCCUCAACGUCACCGCGACCGAGACGCUCGUCCGAUCCUUCCACGGCUCGCUGUUCAUCUACAUCUCGACAGACUACGUGUUUCCCGGCGUGCCAGGCGAAGCACCAUACAAGACCACCGACACUCCCUCUCCGACCAACGUCUACGGCCAGACGAAACUCGACGGCGAAAAUGUCGUCCAGAAAUAUCCCAACACGGUCGUCCUGCGCGUGCCCGUGCUCUACGGGCCCGGCGAGAACGGCGAGUCCGCGGUGAACACGCUCAUGGACGCCCUCUACAAAACCGAACAAGUAAAGAUGGACGACUGGGCGCUCCGGUACCCUACGAACACCGAGGAUGUGGCCCGAGUCUGUCUAGAUAUCGCGAAGAUCGCGAACACGAAGAGAAAGCAAGACCUGCCUAAAAUCCUCCAGUUCAGCAGUGAAGACCGCAUGACAAAGUACGAAAUCUGCCAGACCUUUGGCGAGAUCAUGGGACUCCCCGUUGAUCACAUCAUCCCAGAUAAAGACGGUGGGAAGCCAAAAGACGGGACGGCUAGGCCGUAUGAUUGUCAUUUGGAUACAAGUGAGCUGAAGAAUUUGGGGAUCGAUGUUGCUGCAGUUGAUUUUGUGGCGUGGUGGAGGAGGAGAACUGGUGCGUUUAGGCAUUGAACACCAAAUGACAUUGGACACUUGGGAGUUUGCCAUGGAGCAUCACGAUCAUGCACUUGAGUGGUCUUGAUAGGAGACUAGGAUGUUCAAGAUAUCAGCUAAACGAUAGUGGCAUCCGCAGAAGGGCAAACCGCGAACCGCAAACGUGACGACGCAAGAAAUGUGAAAAUGGUAACAGACAACAGAUUCUAACGUCAAUGAAAAACUCGCUUAAUAGCUCUAUCCAGGUUACCCCGA